AUGGCGGGUUUUGUGGGAGUUCUGGUCUCCGAUCCGUGGCUCCAGAACCAGUUCACCCAGGUGGAACUCCGCUCCCUCAGAUCUCAGUUCCUGUCGAUGAGAGAUCACGGAUGCUCCGCCGGUGGCCUGAAGCUCCGGGACCUGGCCGCCGCGAUGUCGGAGCUCAAGAUCGGCGGCGGUGGCCUCAGCGAGGCGGAGCGAGCCGCCUUUCUCCAAGAAUCCUUCACCAACCUCGACGACAGUGUCGACUUCGAGCUCUUCCUCCGGGUUUAUUUGAAGAUGCAAGGCCAGAUGGGGGCGAAGAGCUCGUCGUCGGCGUUCCUCAAGGCUGCCACCACCACUCUGCUUCAUACGAUCAGCGAGUCGGAGAAGGCUGCCUACGUUGCUCACAUUAAUAGCUAUCUGGAAGGAGAUGGGUCUUUAAAGAAAUAUCUCCCGAUGGAUCCGAUGACCGAUGAUCUCUUCGAGAAAUCAAAGGAUGGUGUGCUUCUAUGUAAACUCAUUAAUGUGGCUGUUCCGGGGACCAUCGACGAGCGGGCGAUCAAUAGAAAGAGGGUGCUGAACCUGUGGGAGAAGAACGAGAACCAUACUCUCUGCCUUAACUCGGCCAAGGCAAUUGGAUGUACUGUCGUUAACAUCGGGACGCAGGACCUUGCUGAGGGGAGACCUCAUCUUGUUCUUGGAUUGAUAUCUCAAAUUAUUAAGAUACAACUUCUGGCGGAUGUUAACCUGAAGAAAACUCCUCAAUUAGUAGAGUUGGUUGAUGACAGCAAGGAUGUUGAGGAGCUGAUGAGUCUACCACCUGAGAAGAUAUUACUUAGGUGGAUGAACUUUCAGCUGAAGAAAGGGAGCUUUAAGAGACUGAUAACAAACUUCUCAUCAGAUGUAAAGGAUGGAGAGGCCUAUGCUUGUUUACUGAAUGUGCUGGCACCUGAACAUAGUAGUAAGCCAUCUGCAAUGACCGUGAAAGAUCCUCUACAGAGGGCAAAACUAGUUCUUGAACAUGCAGAUAGGAUGGGUUGCAAAAGAUAUCUGACCCCAAAAGACAUUGUUGAAGGUUCACCAAAUCUUAACCUUGCUUUCGUUGCGCAUAUUUUUCAAAAAAGGAAUGGGCUAUCAUCACAGAUGAAACAAAUAUCAUUUCUAGAAGCAAUGUCUGAUGAUGCACAAGUUUCUAGGGAAGAGAGAAUGUUUCGAUUAUGGAUAAAUAGUCUUGGAAUCUCAACAUACAUCAAUAAUGUUUUUGAAGAUCUUAGAAAUGGAUGGGUCCUUCUAGAAGCCAUUGACAAGAUAGCUCCAGGAGCAGUCUGUUGGAAGGUUGCAAACAAGCCCCCAAUUAAAAUGCCAUUCAGAAAAGUAGAAAACUGUAAUCAAGUUGUGAAAAUAGGGAAACAAUUGAAAUUUUCCCUGGUUAAUGUUGCUGGGAAUGAUAUUGUGCAAGGAAACAAGAAGCUCAUUUUGGCUUUUUUGUGGCAAUUAAUGCGGUAUAAUAUCCUGCAACUUCUAAAGAAUUUGAGACUUCAUUCUCAUGAGAAGGAGAUAGCAGAUAUAGAUAUAUUGAACUGGGCUAAUGAUAAAGUGAAAAAUUCAGGAAGGUACUCUCGUAUGGAGAGUUUUAAGGAUAAAAAUCUUUCAAGUGGCAUUUUUUUCCUUGACUUGCUCAGUGCCGUGGAGCCUCGAGUUGUGAACUGGAGCCUUGUUACUAAAGGAGAAAAUGAUGAAGAGAAAAAGAUGAAUGCCUCUUAUAUUAUCUCAGUGGCAAGGAAGCUUGGUUGCUCCAUAUUUUUGCUGCCGGAAGAUAUACUAGAGGUGAAUCAAAAGAUGAUGCUUACACUGACAGCAAGCAUCAUGUACUGGCACUUGAGAAGGCCAGCUGAAGACAGAUCUGUGGCAUCAGAAAGUGAAAAUGGAAGUUCAUCUGAAACUAUAUCCAACUCGACGGUAGAUGAUUCUGCAUCUGAAUCCUCAACUGAUGAUAGUGGAAGCCAAUAGGUGUGCCAUAACCACAGACAACUGACAGUGUAAUUGGACUACUAAUGUAUGUUGUUUCUUUUUUUUUCCUGCCUAUUUGUUUAAAUCUUUGAGACAAGAGAUUGUGUGGGAUACUGCAGUGAGUAUGCCUCAGGUUUGUAUGGGACAGCUGGGUUUGUAGGUUCCCAUUGUUUGUUAGGGCAGUGGCGGGUUCAUGGAGUGCCCCAAUUAAACAAAAAUCAUUGAAUGUAUAUACUAACUUAAAUAGUUGCCUAAUGCCGAUUGAAGUUGUUUCUUUA